CUUCAACAAAAAGAAUGGCUACACAUCUCCCCACUUCACAACUGGCCUUAUUUAACUUAUCCCAGGUCAAAUGACUGGAUUGCAAAUAUUUUAUGUAAAUGGAAACGUAUUGGUUUUUCUAUGCAAACUCUAGCAUCGGAAUCUUAUCUUGUCAAAGGGGAAGCAACACCAAUUCACUCUUUGAUUCCAUCUCA